AUGACUAGACUACUUCAGCUGUUGUUACUUGUCAGCAUGACCGUUGCUUCCGAGCCAUCGUGUCCAGCGUGCUCCAAAUAUGACUACGAGGAAAAAGUGCUCGAGAGAAUGAUCCGCAUGGAGUUCGCUUUUGAAAAAGUGUUGAAGGAAAACAAAAUUGUAAGCGAAACGGUUGAGCAAGACCUAACGCGGAUCAAGGAAGAAAAUGAACGUUUGCACGCGACCGUUGAUGCCCUAAAGGAUCAACAGGAGCAAGCUGAACGCAGACUGGAUUCGCUCAUGGAGGAAGUUGAGAGAAACCAGUCCAGCACACUGGAGAAGAUAGUUUCCGAUUCUAACACUACGCUAGAACAAGCCAUUGCCGCCUUCAAUGCUUUAAAAGACCAAAUCGCUACUCCACUGGUAUAUUUCCACGCCCGCACUCCACAGACAAGCACCCUGUCCAACGGUGAAGAGAUAGUGUACAAGACAGUAGAGACCAACCAGGGCAACGGCUACAGCUCAACCACGGGCAAGUUCACGGCUCCAGCACGGGGACUCUACUUGUUCUUCAUGCACACAUGUACGGCUGCAAAUAAAUAUGCUUAUCUCCAGAUACUGAAGGAAGGCUCAGUCCUGAUUGCAAGUUUUCACACUGAUAAGGACUAUAUUACCUGUUCUAGUAGUCAGGCGUUUGUUCAGCUUGAUGCCGGGGAAACUGUCUGGGUACAAUGCUCUGAUGGGGGCUCGAACAGACAACUGUAUGAGCAUCAUUCUUACCGUUGGACCAGUUUUGGUGGUGCUCUCAUUCACAACUGACGUGCUUAGGUCAUUGUACAUUAAAAGCCAAAAGGCAGAAACUAUACAAUGAACGUGGGAGUAUAUUACGCAGUAAUAAAUGAGUUAUUUUUUAAAAAUAAAAAAUGAUCAUUAAGUGACUUUUUUUGUUAUCAUUUACCGUUAGUUAAACAUGUUUUGGAUUUCGUCUGUGUAUACCGCCUGGAUGCUAUGUCAUGUAUACUGAGAACACUUUUGAAAUGAAAUUACUUUUGUAUGUAAACUAAGAAAGCUAUAUGUUGGCAUCCUGUGUGUGUUUCCGCCUCAAAUAAAAACUUUAUUUCUAAAUUAAUCAGUAAUGCAUAUAUCGUUUACCAUAAAGCUUUUGUUUUGAAGCCCUUUUCCAGAAUAAACCAAUGCCAGUUA